AAUAGGGCAGACGUACGGCCGCCACACUUACCAUAGAGACACACCUUCAGUAAAAAUGCGGCAGCCUGAUAGGCCUGCUUCUUCGUUGCCUAACACCGCUGCUACUACUACGUCUUCCACUAGCCGGCGCGGCGACAAUGGCCAGGAGCUCCCCGAGGAAGGCCAAGGCGCUAGGGAUUACCGCCAUUCAUCCGCGGCGGAGCCUUCUUCCUCCUCUCCAGCGCCGCAAGAUUCAUCCAUAUCGCGAUGGUCUCGCGGUGAAUCCUCUAGCGCGCCCCGACGGCUGAGCGCAGCGGCGAUGGUGGAAUCCGGCGGCGCGGCGGCGUUCCUUCCGGAAUCUGUCGUCGAGGCCGUCGCCGUGGAGGCCGCGGCAGCGGCCGCGAGAGCGCAUGGAGCGAUGGCGGCGUCGCGGACCCUAGCGUGCAUAUUUCAGGUUUGCUCGGUCUGGAGAUCUGUCUCACAGUCGGAACUGCUAUGGGAGAACGCUUUCAACGUCGUCUGGCCAACGCAAGCCCGCCAGCCGGAGCGCUCCUGGCGGCGGGAAUUCCAGCGAGCCCACACGACCGCAUCGAAUUUCCGCCGAGGCCGUGCCCGUCACACGAUCCUCGUCGAGGAGGAGACCGGCGGGAGACACUACGAGCCACCACGCUCGCUGGCCAUCUCCAAUGACUACUUGGUCGGGGGCCACUUUGAUGGAGCACUUCGCGUCUUCGACCUCAAGACCAAAGCGUGCGUGUGGACGUUACGAGCCAACCAGGAGGAGGGUUUCGGUCCCUUGUCCCGAGCCAUAGCGGGGAUCUCACUGCAAGGGGACGACAUCGUUUUUGGGUCAGUGGACGGGAACGUGUUUACUGCAAGUGCCAGCCGAGGGAACCGGGUGAGAGUUCAUGUGGGGAGAGUGAUCCAGGACGGGGCACUCAUCAGUUUCGCCGCGAGCCAGCGAUGGUGGAUUGCUCUCUACGCUGGGAGCGUCGGGCACUGCUUCCGGCUGUGGGACGCUGCCACAAAGCAGGUGGUGUACAGGGGUGGCAACAUGACUGACGAUGAUGCAAUGCGGGGCUGGCAUAUGCUCGUGGAGCGAGCCGGGCGAGUUGGCCGCGUGAGGAUAGUGAAUGAAGAGCUGCUCGUCGCUGCCAACCGGCGGAGGAUCAGGGUUCACGACUUGGGGACUCAUGGGAUGCCACUGAUCGUGGAGAGGGAUCAAGAGGCGGAAAACAAUGCCGUGGAGGCCAUGGACGUGAGAGGGAACAAGUUGCUGAGCGCGUCGUAUGAGGGGCUUGCGCGGAUACGGGAAUUGCCGACGAUGGUGGAAGUGUUGACGGUGCGGCAUGCGGGGGUGCAUGCGAAUCCGAGGCUCCGGCCAGAUGAUCGGGAACAGAUGCAGCAGCUAUUUGGCACAUUGAAUUCUCGACAGCUGUUCCUAUGCUUCUCCGGGGCUGUCAAUGCGUGGGAUUGUUCGUCGGGCGAGCAUCUGUAUUCAUUGCGGGAGGAGACGGGGUACAUGUACAACGACAUGGUUGCUAGCGAUUCGUGCCUUGCCGUGAGCUCGCGGGAUACGGGACUUCACCUGUGGGACUUUUCUCCUGAUCAGGGCGAUUGAAACUCUCGCUUGAUGCCCGUCCACUCUCCGGCGUGAGUUAGGUGCUGUGCGGAGUGAGAGGCCUCUCUUUGAUUCUGAGGUCGGUGCCUGGCGGAUUGACAGGCAGCAAACUGUUAGGAAGUGCGAAUCAAUGCAAGUUCCUUCGCUGAGAUUUACAGUA